AUGGGGUACAAGAUCACCAACAUCUAUGUUAUCACCACGGUGGCCGUCAUCGGCGGUGCACUCUUUGGUUUUGAUAUUGCUUCUAUGUCUGCCAUUCUUGGCACACAGCAAUACAAAUGUUUCUUCAAUCAACAUGGAAUAAAUGAGGAAGGUAAAUGCGGUGGGCCUACCUCUGCCAACCAGGGUGGUAUCUCGGCUGCCAUGCCUGGUGGCUCUUGGGUUGGUGCUCUAGCUUCUGGCUUCGUUACUGACUACCUGGGUCGCCGCGGGGCCAUACAGUCUGGCUCAGUCAUCUGGUGCAUUGGUAGCGCCAUCGUGUGUUCAUCUUUCGGAAUCGCCCAACUUGUCGUCGGCCGCUUCAUCAACGGUGUUUCCGUCGGUAUCCUCAGUGCCCAAGUCCCCGUCUAUGUCGCCGAGUUGGCCCAGCCCAGUAAGCGUGGCCAGGUGGUGGGAGCACAACAGUGGGCUAUCACAUGGGGUAUCUUGAUCAUGUUCUACGUCUCGUACGGUUGCAGCUUCCUUGAAGGUACCGCUGCGUGGCGUACCCCUUGGGGAUUGCAGAUGGUCCCUGCCGCCCUGCUCUUCGGCUUAGUCUUCUUGUUGCCUGAGAGUCCACGUUGGCUGGCCAAGAAAGGUCGCUGGGAGGACGCUCUCGAGGUUUUGGCUUCGGUCCAUGCCAAGGGUGAUCGCAAUGCCCCCUUUGUGCAGACUGAGUUACAAGAGAUCCGUGACAUGGUCGAAUUCGAACGCCACAAUAAUGAUGCCUCAUACCUCGACCUUUUCAAGGGCAAGAUGCUCUACCGAACUCACCUCGGUAUGUUCACUCAGAUCUGGUCCCAGCUCACCGGUAUGAACGUCAUGAUGCUUUACAUUACCUAUGUCUUCGGUAUGGCCGGUCUCACUGGAAACUCGAACCUUGUCGCAUCCUCGAUUCAGUACGUCAUCAACGUCGUGAUGACCAUUCUCGCCUUGCUCUUCAUUGAUCGUUGGGGCCGUCGCACUCCACUUUUGGUCGGUUCUACCCUCAUGAUGAUCUUCAUGUUUGCCAACGCUGGUAUCAUGGCAUCCUACGGAAAGCCAGCUCCCCCGGGUGGUGUCGACCAUACCCCCGAACAGUCAUGGGACAUGAACGACGUCCCCAAGGCUGCCAAGGGAGUCAUCGCUUGCACUUAUCUUUUCGUUGCCAGUUACGCACCAACUUGGGGUCCUGUCAGCUGGAUCUAUCCCCCUGAGCUGUACCCCCUCCGCCUGCGCGGAAAGGCUGUCGCGCUUUCAACCUCGUCGAACUGGAUCUUCAACUUUGCCUUGUCCUACUUUGUCCCUCCCGCUUUUGAGAACAUCCAAUGGAGGGUCUACGUGGUCUUUGGAGUCUUCUGCUUUGCAAUGACUGUCCACGUCUUCUUUGCAUUCCCUGAAACAGCUGGAAAAACACUCGAGGAGGUCGAAACCAUGUUUACAACCCCUGGUCUCGUGCCCUGGAAGACCACUGUGCAGUACCACCAUGUUCGCAAGCUGGAGCAAGGAGCUAUCCAGUCCGACAAGGCGGCAGACCUUCGCGCAGAGGAAGGAAGAGCCGAUGAUCACAAGCCCACUGAGAAGGAGACUGCCGUUUCGCAGGUUGAAUAG